UCCUGCAAGAUGACCAUCAACACCCUGACCAAGGGAGGCUGGCACCGGGAUCAGAUGGCAUGCUUUCGAAAGAUGGAGAAAGUGAUUGUGGCCAUGCAGGACCCUGACAUGGGCAUGAAGAUGAGAAACCAGAGGCUGCUGAUCACUGUCAUUCCACAUGCCAUGACAGGUCGAGAUGUAAUUCAAUGGUUGAUCCAGAAAUAUAACAUCUGUGAGGAGGAGGCUCUGCACCUUGGAGGUAUGCUGGUGAGAUAUGGGUACGUUUACCCUCUCAAGGAGCCAAGAUCUCUUGUAUUACGUGCUGAUGAGUCGCCGUACCGUUUCCAGACUCCUUACUUCUGGACUAGUACCCGAUGGCCUGCCACAGAACUCGACUAUGCAAUUUAUUUGGCGAAAAAGAAUAUAAGGAAACAAGGAGAGCUGAUGGAAUAUGAAAAGGAGAGGUACAGUGUGCUGCACAAGAGGAUCAACCACACCUGGGACUUCGUGGUGAUGCAAGCAAGAGAGCAACUCAGAGCAUCCAAACAGAGGCGGAAGGCCGACCGCAUUGUUCUAGAAUGUCAGGAGCAGGCUUACUGGCUCAUCAACAGACCCCCGCCUGGGACACAUAAUAUAUUGGACAUGGGUCUCGAGAGACCAAAUAACUUCAGCACACGAGUUACGCUGAACAGUGACUACUACAAAAGAGAGAUUGAAUCCAGUAGAAGGGCCCUCGGAAGAAACCGUGUAAAGUCAUCCAUCUGCCUAGAGGGUUUUGUGAAAUACAGCGAGCAGUACCAGAAUCACGAUCCCAUUAUGCAAGGAUGCCUUCCCAGUAACCCCUGGAUCUCUGAUGACACAGCACACUGGACAAUGAACGCAGGAAUGGUGCCUACCCCGACACGUCUCCGAGUGGAGCGCUGGAGCUUCAGCUUCAUGGAGCUUCUGAACGAUGCCAUGGGGCGGAGGGAGUUUAUGACUUAUCUGGAGAAAGAGUUCAGUGCGGAGAACCUGUGUUUCUGGCAGGCCUGCGAGGACAUCAGACACGGAGAGAGCUCCAGGAUCAUAGAGAAAGUGGAGGAGGUGUACAAAAACUUCCUGGCUCCUGGAGCUGCCCGCUGGGUCAACAUCGACAGUAAGACCAUGGAUAAAACUCUGGAGGGGAUCAAACACCCUCAUCGUUUUGUUAUGGACGACGCACAAAUGCACAUCUACUUCCUCAUGAAAAAGGACUCCUUCCCGAGAUAUCUCAAGUCUGACCUAUACAAGAACAUGCUGGCCAAAGCUAUUGUCCCCCAGGAGACCAAAAAGAGCGUGUUCCCCUUCAUGAGACGCCAGCGCCACUCUAGCCCGUCCCCUGCACAGGCUGUCACCCACACGUCAGAGGAGGACAGUGCCAAGGGGGCCGGGCGAGCAGGUACCAACUCUGCAGCCGGCUCCAGUGUCUGAUACCAGGCCAAAAAAAAAAAAAAAAGGUGUCAGACCCAAUCACUGUCCGUCUCCAUUGUCUCUGUUGGUCACCAUAGUAACCAUCCAAGAAGUCCUCUUAGCUUAGUGUUUCAUCUCAAACUGAGACGAAGUCAGAGUCUUUCUUUCAGUACAGCAACACUGUCAGUGAUCAGAGCAUACAACAGAGCACAGGUGUUACUGUGUGAUACUAUCGCAGCUUGGCAUCUUAUUUUCGAGCAGUGGGCAGCAGGGAAAAAAGCUUUUAGUACCACUGUUAAAGUCUGUACUGCCGCAUACUCACCAUGCAUCUUCAUCCCGUCUCUACAGAGGAGGAUUAGGGUUGGACAGAAGAUACAAAAUGAGAAGGAGAAGAUUUUUCUUUCCUUUUUCUGCAUUUCGUCAAGAAUAAAAUAG